UUAGCCUUCUUUCCUGCCUCAGAAACUCACAUUAUUAGCUCUCGCGCUCUCUCGCUCCUUUUCUCUCUCUCUCAAUUCUGCUUUAGAAAUACAACUCCUGCGGCCGUCAUAAAAAUCUUGACGAUACUUGAUAAAACCUACCUUCCUCUCCCUCUCCUUUCUUGGGUACUCUUUUCUCUGUACAAGCUUCUUUGAAUGCCGUACCAUUGACUCUUAACAGAGGAAUUCCUAAAACUAUGACGCCAUGAAGAGCAGGAGAAUUGUGUUUAAAGAAAGAGAGAAAGCGAGAGGAAGCAGACACAGAGUUUCUUUAAGUAAGAAAGUGAAUAGCCUCAAAUGGGUGGGGAUGAAGGUGUUAGCAGCUGGGCGACAGUACCACCACCAAGGGUGCCACCUUUUAAUUUAGAAAGAGAAGAGCAUUGGAGACAUUUUGAUAACUCAGUGAAUGCUGUCUCCUUUGGCUUCGUAGCUACUGCUAUUCUAAUAUCAAUGUUCCUCGUUAUGGCCAUUUUUGAAAGGUUUCUAAGGCCAAGAUCAUUGUCCUCCUCCUCUUCUGCUAGCAUUAGGACUCCCACGGAUCUUGAGGCUAAUGUGGUUUUCCAUUCCAAGAUCGAUUACCCAUCUCCAAAAAUGACAGUGUAUGCCAAAGGAGUAUCAGUGUUGAUGCCAGGAGAGGAUGCUCCUACCUUCCUUGCACACCCAGCUCCUGCACCCUGCGCUCCUGAACCUAUCAAUAACACAUUACAUCACCAUGGCCCUUGCCUCAGUUUCACCUUGGCAUCUACUUCAAGCUAAAAUAAAAUAACUACAGCUACAUGUUAUUUUUCCUACACAAAAUAUUCGGAUUAAUGCUCAAUUUUACAAUGUUCAAUUUAAUUUA